CUUCUUAACAGGAGAGAACUGGAGAAGUUUGUGUGCAGUGGCGAGACCGUCCCAUCCCGAGACAGAGCUGCGUCCCUCUUGUUUCUUACUGAACUGGAUUCCCGCAAUCCCCCGCACUUCCAGCUACCAAUGUAUAGCAUGCUGGACACUGAUAUCAAGAGCCCGGUGCAGCAAGGCAAUGCGCAGACCGGGGGAGCCGGCGCUCCGGGGGGCAAAGGCAACGCCGCCAGCCAGGACCAGGACCGGGUGAAGCGACCCAUGAACGCCUUCAUGGUAUGGUCCAGGGGGCAGAGGCGGAAGAUGGCCCAGGAGAACCCCAAAAUGCACAACUCUGAGAUCAGCAAGAGGCUGGGGGCCGAUUGGAAGCUUCUGAGCGACACCGAGAAAAGACCUUUCAUAGAUGAGGCCAAGAGGCUCAGAGCUGUCCAUAUGAAGGACUACCCGGAUUACAAGUACAGACCAAGGAGGAAGACCAAGACCCUCCUGAAGAAGGACAAGUACUCUUUGCCUGGCAACCUUCUGGCACCAGGUGUGAGCCCAGUCUCCAGCUCGGUUGGAGUGGGUCAGAGGAUAGACACUUAUGCCCACAUGAAUGGCUGGACUAAUGGGGCUUACUCUCUGAUGCAGGACCAGCUUGGCUACUCGCAACAUCCAGGGAUGAACAGCCCCCAGCUCCAACAGAUGCACAGGUACGACAUGAGCAGCCUGCAAUACAACCCAAUGAUGUCCUCAGCUCAGACCUAUAUGAAUGCAGCUUCUACCUACAGCAUGUCACCAGCCUACAACCAGCAAACCUCCACCGUCAUGAGCCUGGGCUCCAUGGGCUCAGUGGUUAAAUCAGAGCCCAGUUCCCCUCCACCUGCCAUCACCUCUCACACUCAGAGAGCCUGCUUAGGAGAUCUGAGAGAUAUGAUCAGCAUGUACCUGCCACCAGGUGGGGAUGGCAGCGAUCCAUCCUCCCUCCAGAACAGCAGAUUACACAGUGUCCACCAACACUACCAAAGUGCAGGGACUGGGGUCAAUGGCACUGUACCACUAACGCACAUUUAAAAGACACUUCUCCACUUUAAAUCGGACGCUUUUGCUUGCGUGACAAGCAUAUCAGAAUGCAGAAAACUUGAGGACAAGGAAUCAAAAGGGUGUGUUUUUUUUUUUUGUACAAAGUUUGCGCAAACUUUUAGAGCACA